AUGAUCAAGCUGCUAAAGAAGUCCGCCAGGUUCGUUUGGGAUGAGACCUGCGAGCAUAACUUCACCACUUUGAAGCAGCUGCUCACCACACCCCCAAUUCUUACCAAACCAGAUCUCAACCUUCCCCUCAUCAUGUACAUAGCGGCAUCUGCGAGCGCACUCAGCUCCGCCCUUGUCCAAGAAAAAGACAACACCCAGCAACCCAUAUAUUUCACCAGCCGAAUCCUCCAGGACACGGAAACGCGAUACCAGAUGAUCGAAAAGGUAGCCCUUGCGUUGGUAACUGCAGCACGACGAUUACGACCAUACUUCCAAUCCCACACAAUAAUCGUCAGAACUGACCACCCUGUGCAGAAAAUCCUUCAGAAACCGGAUCUGGCAGGACGACUAUCGUCGUGGGCUAUCGAGUUAUCAGAAUUCAACAUCCAAUAUGAACCACAUGGACCCAUAAAAGCACAAUGCUUAGCAGACUUCACCAAUGACCUCCAGAACCAACCACCCACCCAAGACCUUUGGUGGACCAUGCACGUAGAUGGCUCUUCAAAUCCCCAAGGUGCCGGCGCAGGAAUAGUACUGGAAGGCCCCAGCGACAUCCUCGUUGAACAAUCCCUGUGCUUCAAUUUCAAAACCUCAAACAAUCAAGCGGAGUACGAAGCUAUAAUAGCCGGCCUCAAUCUAGCGCGCGAUGUCGGCGCCAGGAAGCUAAUCUGCAAAACAGACUCCAAGCUCACAGUGGGGCACCUCAACGACGACUAUCAAGUCAAGGACGCCAUGCUCUUGCAAUACUACCACACGGUAACCGCCCUAAUCGAACACUUCGAGGCCUUCAGAAUCGAACAUGUCCCUAGAUGUAACAAUACCAGAGCCGAUAUCCUCUCCAAGCUCGCUAGCACUAAGAAGAAGGGACGAUACAAGUCACUGUUGCAGCACACCCUGAGCACCCCCUCCAUCGAACAGAAUAAUCAAUGCCUCAACAUUACCACAGCUAGCACCUGGAUGGAACCUUUUGUCAAGUACCUAGAAGAAGGAACAACCCCAGCAAACGAAGACAAAGGAUGGGCUCAGAAAGCGGCGCGCUAUACUUUAGUCGAGGGUGAACUAUUCAGAAGAGGCUUCAGCAGAUCCUUGCUCAAAUGA